GUGUGAUCAAUCGAUUGCAACUGAUGAUUAUGAUUAUGAUGGUGAUGAUCAUGACAGAAGUAGUUCAUUAUCAUCGAAAAAGAAGUUGUUCCAAUAAUAAAAGUACUGCGCUCCUGGGAGGCUCGUGGUCCGGUUUUUACAUAAAUUUGUAAUCUCGUGAUUGUCACCUUGUGGCUUUGUUCACCGCUUUAUCUCAUGACGUUGCAAUCAUCGCCUUAAUCGCCGCCAUAUUCGUCGCUUGUCCUUUACACAAGCAACUGUGCAAAGAGCUUCGAGUGAACAUUAAAGAAUAUAAGGACACUUUUCAAGCAAAUUAACCUAUAAUCGAAUGUGAAUCACAAUUAUUGAGAUCGCUGGUAGAAAUUGUGACAAUUUUUAAACACACUGUUCUCCUAGUCGCAGAAUGGGGAAAAGAAAUGUAACACUCGAAGAAGAAGAAAACUUAGGUAAUGAAGUCAAAAAGUAUCCUUGCUUAUAUGACAAGACGAUUGCAAGUUACAAAGACAUUGAAAGUAUCUCAAACGCAUGGAAAGAGAUCGAAAAUGUGCUUGGCCUACCCGAAGGGGAAGGGGCAAAAAGAUAUGAAAACCUGAAGAAAAGAUACAGCAAGAAGAAAAUGGCUUUCAAAUAUGCAUGGGCUUUAGGAGAAGGAACACCACUUGUUGAGGCUGCAGAAAAAGACUUGAAACAAUAUGAUUUUCUUAACUGGCUUAAUGCUCAUUUAAGGUUAAGGAAACCCAAUAAGAAAAGAUCUGCAAUGAGGAAAAAAUUCAAAACUGAUCAUUUGCACCAGAAAGAAGAAAAUGACACAAGCGCCAACGAGGUAACUGGCACAGGAGAUGACAGCCAUGAUGGGGUCAAUCUUAAUGAAGAUUGUGACCCUGGAAUCAUAGUCAUUAAUCCUAAACAGCCAGGUGUUUAUAGCAAACCAAUUCCCAUAACAGCCACAUCUAGCCACAAGGUAAUGAUUUCAAGUGUACCAAUAAAGAAAAAGAGGGUCUCAGAUGACAAAAUGCCUCAAGCGACAACUUGUGAAAGUGAGCCAGCCAGUGUGCUAACAAUGAGCAACACACUGGAAGAAAUGCCAAUAACCUCAGCAUCAUCGUCAUUUUCCACUGCAACAUCAUCAGCAUCAAUAGGACCAAACAAAGAUGCAGAUGAUAUCUUUGGGAUGAUGGUUGCCAGUGAACUUAAAGCAAUGAAAAAGAGUGCUAAAUUCCGCUUGAAAUAUGAAAUAAAUAACCUUAUAUACAAAUUUCAUGAAUGGGAACAAGAGCAAGAACCACAAGUCAUACAACAAGAGUUUUAACAUUUAAUCAUUUAAAUGGCCAGUGAAACUUUGCUUACCCCUGCAAAACUUGGCUAACAUGGCCCAACUCCCUGAAAUAUGCAACUUCAGAAUAAGUUAAAUUAAAGUAUUUGAAGAGGUUGUUGUACAAACCUUUUUGGGUUGUGAAUUUAGAUUCCUAUUUGGAAAAUAUACCAUCUUACCCUGAAAUAUAAGAAUUCACAACAGUUCAUAACAUUGCUAAAAGAAAAUUGGAUAGCUACUUUGUUUUACCACCCAUUUUCAGGGACAUUGGAGCACAUAUAAGAGAAAAGGGCUCUAGAAAAGUGGGAGGGGGCUCUAGAUAAGUGGGGGGCUUCUUUCAUAGUUUGUCGCCAUUAUAUUUGAUGCCAUAACUUUGAUAUCGUACUUUAGCAAAAAAGUGGGGGGCUACAGCCCAGCCAGCCCCCUAGCUCCUGCAUGCCUAUUAUAGUAGUUCUUUCCUAUCAUCUUUGAUGCCACUAACUGAAUAUAAUUGUUUAGGAGAAAAGUGAUAUAGCCCCUGCAGCCCCCGGUUCUAGCAUGUCUGAUUUCAUCAACAAUAAAUGCCUCCAUAGGAAUCAAACUCAAGUGUUGAUUUGGUUCAAGUGAAAUAUUGGUAUAAUUAUAUAAAUGAUCAUAUUGUUAAUUAUGGUUGAUUUGUUGACAUUUCCAUCAAAACGACUGCUUUCAGAGCAAUUGUCAAUAUUCAUUGACUAUUGCUAUGCUU